AUGGCAAAAAUAGAUAGACGCGAGACUUCAAGACUCGCCAUAGAAAAGGCCGAAAAGGACUCUAUAGUAUCUCUGCUCAACUCAGUCAUCAACAAUGAAGAUAAAGGCAAAAGAUAUACGCAUGUUCGUGAUAUUGUUGUCCUCACGGCCAAAUCAAGAUAUCUCGAAAAUGGGGAUGGUUUGGAUAUCGACCUUGGCCCUACCAUCGCAAUCGCCCAACAUUUCCGAGUUUCGGAUUGGAAACUACUCGUGAAACACUGGAAAUCAGUACCAGACGAUGUCAAGGUCAGCGUCCGAACUAUUGCUUUUGACACAGCUUCCUGGCACACAUAUGUAAAAAAUAUUGGGAAUGAAGAUCCAAACCUUUUAGCACACAUUGCUCUUGAAGGUGCAUUGAUAAUAGCACGGCAAAAGCCAUUCGUUGCUUUGUCUCUCUUUGAUUCCGUGCUUGGGCCAGGCAGAGACUUGGCCGACUGGGAAACCCGUUCAGCAAGUCCCGAGCGAACGAUUAUCGGACCGGAUCAGCUGUCUGGUCAAUCAAUUCACGCUUCUAUUAGCCCCAGUCCUAGUAUUAUUUCGACCAUGCCCAGGAAUUCGCCAGGUGACGAUAGUGGAGACCUAUUCUACCACCUAUCUCCAGUCGAAAUCGCGGGUCCCACCCACUCUGUCAUCACGAGAUAUCAUGAAUCUUCCCUUUCCUUGACAACCGGCGACACGAUACAACACGGGGCGACAAGGAUCAAGCGGAAAAGAACUGACCUUCCAGCUCUCGAUAUUGAGAAUUACAAUAUGAACACGACAUGUAGUCUGGCCAGCAGGCUUGAAGUUCCACAUGCCACGACUGCUAACCAUCUCCUGCGUGUCGGUUUGCCUACUCCAGGCCCCUCUCUUCAGCUUACGAUGCAAUACGAAGUUCCAGACACGGCUGAUUCGAUUGUGUUCGCGACCGAGGGGAACGUCGAAAGCCUGAAGCUCCUGUUCACACACGGAUUUGCAUCCCCAAGCGACUGGGCUCUCUAUGGAGGAAUGCAUCAAUUUGAAACUGUGCGGUUUUUGAUCAGUCAAGGAGCACCAAUAGACAGAGAGUCAUAUGGACAUGUCUGGGAUUUUUCAUUCCGUCUAAAAUGCAAUGAUGAGGAGUUCAAAGCUCUGUCGUGCAUUCGAGAAGGACUUGACAAUGAUUGGAUCGAGGACCAAAACUAUCAACCGGUCCACAAGAUUGUUCUGCACCUUUCCUCGGAAAACCUCACGGCCGAGCUCGAGAAAAACCCGAACGCUGUUCACCUCAAAGAUGCCCAAGGCCGAACCGCACUGGAUUGGGCCACUGCACGCGCUCAAUUGACCGACAUGAAGGUCCUGAUAUACCACAGCUCUGAUGUCAACAAUAUGGAUACCACUGGUCGCACUACAAUCCUACAUGCGGUGGAUAGCCAUAGCUAUGAAGCUCUCCAAAUUGUUUUGGCUGCAGGCGCAAUCCCCGAUCCCAUAGUCCCUCCCAACCUUUUCCGCAGCAGUCCUCUUACCUCGGCUUGCUUCGGCGGGUUGGCGGACAUGGUUAGGUUGCUCAUCAAACAUGGCGCCAACAUCCGUGCUUGCAACCCAGAGGGACGCACGGCGCUGCAUACAGCAGCUAUCAAGGGACACGUUGAAUGUGCAACAAUCCUUCUCAACCAUGGAGCUGACUUGAACGAAGCUUCGAUGAAUGGACGAAUACCGUUAAUGAUGGCAAUAAUUCACAACAAAUACGACAUUUUUAAACUCUUUUUAGAACAUUGCCAGAAGUACCAUGGCCUCCAGAAUUCUGGACUUUUGGGUACAAUAAUAGCUGAGCAUGCCGACGCGGAUACCAUGUCAAUACUCGCUUCGUCUCAUCACUUGCUGAAGCUGUUGGGUUUAGACGGGUCAUGUUUGUAUGAUAUCCGCGACACAGUUCUUCUGCGGACGCAUCAGGAUGCAAGGCUCUGCCACGCUUUUGAAGGGUUGCUAGCCGCUGCUUUUUCAUGUGUAAAUCUACUUAAGCUGUGA